AUGUUUAAAGCUUUUAAAGAGAAGGUUUCAAAUGAAUAUGAAAAGGCUAAAGUAAACAUUCAAACACAAGCCCAGAACUUGAUCGUAAACAAUGGGACCAUCAGCAAUAUAGCUAACACUAUAAAUGACAACAAACUACUGGGAGAACUCUCUAGGAGUGGCUCAAAGAACGACAUGACGACCUUAGGUGAAAGCAGCAAAAAUGACUCGGUCAAAAGCGAAGGCGAUCUGCAAUACUCCGAGCCUGGCUUCAGUUUAGUGGACCUCGACGAGGAGACUACGCAGACCCCCUCACAUCCACCGCCGGCCCAAGUCAACACCUCAACCCCGACAUCAUCGAAGGUUCACUCUAGUGCCGACAGUGACUCCUUCUUUCGCACCAACUUUUUCACCAACAUGGUAUCCAACCUUGUGCCUCAGUCAGACAUUGAAAGCGAGUACGAAUCAGAGUCCUCGGGCAGAAAUCUUGAAUACGUCUCUAAAGAGCAACUAAUUGAGCUGUGCAUCAAACUAAAAGAUCGCGGACGAAAGUACAAAGAACGAUGGGGAGAGGUGGUGAAGGCGUACAGAGGGACCAUUGAAGAACGAGAUAAGCUGAAAAAUGUACUCGGAGAGACGCAAGACCGAGCACUGCGAAGGGUCAACGAGCUGAAAGAACAAUGUCAGCUGGAGCAGGAGGCAAAACGGCACCUUGAAGAAAAUCUCCAAGUGCUGAUUGAGGAACGAGAUGAGGAAAUCAAAGUAUUAAAGACGAAAAUUGAACUGAUCAACACCUCGGGAGAUUCGUCAAGUGAACUGAUCGACUUGAGUGCGGGCGAGGGCACUGAAGAGCAGAGUCAAAAAAUUGCAAACCUUGAAGCGCUGUUGGCAAA